AUGGAAGAUGCUGAGGAGGUCGAUGUCGAGGAUUCGCCACGGCUGCCGUCAGACUGGUCUCCGCUCGAGUAUGAGCUUCUGGAGUAUGCAGACUCCUUGCCUUCUGGCUUUGCUGAGCGAAUCGGCAGAGAGCUAGAGGGGCAGCAUCGUCGAGUGGCGCAGUUGCGCAGCCUCAACUCUCUGAUGCUCCACGUCCUCCAGUCCGAGGGGCUGCUGGCCCGCAACGGAACGGCAAGCCAGGUGAAAGCGCUUUCGGAGACACGCCAGACCCAUGUAGAGACUCGGACGGAUCGAUCUCCGAGACAAGCGCCGGCAGUGCCCAAGGCUUGGCAGGAGCCAGCCGUGACGCCUCGGAAGGAGGCUUCUCAGCGGUUAGUGCUGGCGUCCGUGUCCAGACAGCUGGAACUAAAGGUCUUCGAGGUGCGCCGUGCCGCGGAGAAGGAGUUGAAGGAGCUUUCCCAUCGAGUCCGAGCUGCAGAGGAGCACAACUGGAAGCUUCGUAAAGAGUCCUGCAGCGAAGACGUGGCUGGCCGAAAGAAGCUCUGGGAGGCAGAGACGAAGCUGAAUCGGCUGCAGAAUCGUGUUCAGCAGCUGGAAACCCGGCGUCGGACCUGCACCCGCAAGUUGCGACAGCGCGAGGAGGAGGCGCCGCGGGCACUUCACACCCCGAGGCCUCAAGGCGCCCAAGGCGCCCGGUCCAAAUGCACCAAGAGCAGAGAAGGAGCUCGGAGCUCUCAGCGUCUGGAUGACUGCAUACAGUAG